AUGCCGCUUGAAGCGCCGUUGCGGAUCCGCUUCUUGGUAGUCGGAGGAGGGAUCGCUGGACUAGCCAGCGCUAUAGCCCUCGCUCGCGUUGGCCACGAGGUCGCCGUCUUGGAGAAGGACGACGGACAAUCAAAUAGCGGACACCAUGGCAUACGCAUACCGCCCAAUAUGACCAAGAUUCUCUCCAAUUGGGGUUUGAAGCCACAGUUACAGGACGUGGGCUUAGUUUCCCGUAUACUUCUGUUCUCAAGACUCGAGAAUGAGGAACUGCUCGGCACACAAGUCUGGGACUAUGAGGUCCUAAAGGAGAUGCGAGGGGAGUUCUUGUUGACAACGCACGCAGAGCUUCAUCGCAUUCUAUCGGAUGCAGCUGUCGCCCAUGGUGUCAACAUCCGCUAUGAUGCACAAGUCGUUAGCAUCGAUCCUGAUCUUGGCCAAGUGAGAUUGGCUUCAGGCGAUACCCUUUCAGCAGACGUGAUCAUUGGUGCGGAUGGGGAAACUGGCAUCAGCCGAGAUGUACUCGUCGGACAGCACGACCGAGGUACACCAGUGGGCAUGAGCGUCAUCCAUACCACCAUUGCCACGAAAGAGAUGCCCGAUGCCAUCAGACAAGCCAACGUGAUAUUCGCGGGCUUCGGUAACGGAUGCGGUGCGGCGGCUUGGCCAAUACAUCAACGAAAGGAAGUCGCCCUUGAGUUCAUCCUCCGCGAUCCUGCAACCGAGGGAACAUGGGGAGACGCCCCGUGCACGGACCUCAGUGCACUGGUGCCCAGCCCUUGCGACCCCCGUGUACGGCUCGUGGCAGACAGCGCCACCAACGCCGUCCGUACAGUGAUCAAAGACUAUAGUCCUUUGGAAAGCUGGGUGCACGACAGCGCACGUUUCGUCGUCAUCGGCCAAGCGGCACAUGCAUUCCCGGCCAUCGCGGUCCAGGCAGUCGCAAUGGCUGUCGAGGACGCGGCAGUCCUGGGCAAACUGUUCUGUCAUCUCAGCAGCCGGGAUCAGAUCUCGAGCUUCCUCUGGGCAUUCCAGGACAUCAGACAGAAACGCUGCGCUACACUUCACCAGGUCGAGCUCGGCUAUAUCUGGUUCAUGACGCUGCAGGACGGUCCCCAUCAGCAGGCGCGCGACGAGGGACUGAAGGAGAGGUACCGCGCGGGCAAGAACGUCAUGUCCGCAGAGGACGGGGAGGAAGAGACACCGCAGUGGAGGGACGUGAGGGCCACAUUUGACUAUGACUGUGAGGAUCAUGCCGAUGACUGGUGGGUGCAAUGGGGGCUUCUGCGCGAGCGAGCGAAGAGUCCCGAAGCGAGCCAGGCGAGAGACCUCGUGUUCACAUGGAGCAAUAUGGGCGUUGCGGUUGACCAGAGCACAGACGCGAAGCGAGAGUAG